ACUGUCUGUCUGAUUGACAUUUGUAGACAUUUGUGUAGGUGUGUUGUGGUGAUUUCGGGAAAUUUUAGGUCAAUAAUUUAAUUUUCAAUAACUUAGAAGUGCUCAGUUUGUUUCUUCGUGUGUACAUAUGGAAAAAUAUUUGUUAUUGAUACCUACAUAAAAAUAGUGAAUGUGAAUAUAAUGUGUGUGGUAAAAUAAUCAAAUUUCAGAAGUUAUGACUCUGAAAAAAAUUGCAAAAAUGUCAACAAAAUCACAAAUAUCUACAGAGCUGAGCGAAAGCAUCAGUAAUGUACUGGGAAAAAAUGUUAAGAUACUCUAUAAAUCCCUUAUCCGCAUGGAAUCAAGAGGUGAUAAAGUAGAUAACAGAGUUUUAGUUGUUACUUCUUUCAGAAUAUUUAUUACAACAACAAAAGUACCCACACGGGUCGAUAAUGGAUUUCACCUGAUGGAAAUAGAGGCCUUAGAAAGCAAAAAGGCUAAUCAUCUAUCAAUAACAUUAAUCCAUGAACACAAACCAGUGUCGAUUCUCAUAGGUGAAGAAGGAACCUCUGAUGGUGUCCUAAAUGUGAUACAUGCCCUAGUAGCAGCAUUUGAUGACCUAUUCCCAAAUGUAUCCAUGGAGGAUGUCAUAUCCAAGGUCAAUUUGCCUUUCCAACUUCCAUCUGUAACUGGAACACGAAAACAUUCCACCUGCGGGGAUUUCUCGAAUCAAUAUGCUGCAAUGUGUGAUCUUUGCCAAACGCCUUUUAGGGCUGAAGUAGCAUGGGAUAUAGACACAAUUUACCUAGCUCACGAUAUAAGAAUGUUGCAUUUGAAGGAUUUCGACCACCUAGAUCAAAGGGAUCUGAUCCCGCUGGUGAUAGCGCUGCAGCACAACACUUGGUUCACGGGCGUGUGCGGGGACGGCGUCCGCGCGGGGGGCGAGGCGUGGGAGAGCGUGUGCCGCCUGGCGCGCUGCGCGUGCCCGCCGCCGCAGCGGCUCAGCUGGCGCGCCGCGGCGCUGCGACACGACCACGCCGCGCGUCUGGGCCACGCGCUCGCUCGUGCCAAGCGCCCUCCGGCAAUGCACACUAUCGACUUCUCGCAGAACCAUAUUGAGGAUAAGGGUGCGAUCAGCGUUCUGACCGGGCUGGCGAGCAACCCGGAUGGUCUCAAGUACAUCGCGCUGUCGCAAUGCGGCCUGACAGGCAAGACUGUUACCUACCUCGCGACGAUGCUGAACGAUAACCCGUGCCAUCUCUCCACGCUAUCCCACCUGGAUCUGUCGCACAAUAACCUGAAGGACGAUGUCCAUAAUUUAUACAACUUCCUCGCACAACCCAACGUAUUGACGCAUUUAAACUUGACUAACACAGAAACAACGUUAGAAAAUACUGUGAUUACUAAGCGUAAUAACAAUCACCAACAUGACGUUCAGAUGUGGGGUGCCUUGCUCCGAGGGUGCGCGGCGCGGCUGUCCUCGCUCCUCGUGGGACGGAACCCCUGGUCCUCCGCCAGGAGACCUAAGGACCCCCCGCCUUCCUUCAGACAGUUCUUCACAGCCUGUCUGGCCCUCACCGACUUAGACUUCUCAUACUGCAAGAUGCCGCCCGAUGCACUCAAGUAAGUUCAUGACUCAGGUGUGUUUGUUAUUGUGAAUGGCAUUACGUAUUCCAUGCUCGUACUUGUGGUUGAGAAUAACCACGCGCUUAUUCAUCACCAACGUUUUGCCCUCGGAGGUUUAGGGUGCGCGUAUGCUAAGAUGCAGAGGACAACAGAAUAUUCAAGUAGCCAAUCA